UGUCUGUUCAUGGGACCUAUAAGAAGUUUUUGGAAUCAAUAUUAGAGCAAGGCCUCAAACGGAUGAAAAGACUGCAUGUUCACUUCUCUUCUGGCCUGCCAACGGAUGGUGAAGUGAUUAGUGGUAUGAGACGGGAUGUUGAUGUUUUGAUCUUUCUCAAUGUUAAAAAAGCUUUAGAAGAGGGAAUGAAGCUCUAUAUUUCAGACAACAAGGUGAUACUGACUGAAGGCUUUGACGGUGUUGUGCCAGUGAAAUACUUUGAAAAGCUAGAAUCAUGGCCAGAUAGACAACCGAUUCUCUUUUAAACGUGGAUGAUAUCUUUGUAUUUGUUUCUUUCGUCCAAAUUUUUAUUCUAUAAUUGGACUUGUUGGGGGGCCAUUAAAGGAAAAAUACAGUGAAUUUCCUCUUUCCAGAAAAAGUAAAUCUGCCACAAAAUAUAAAAUGUCUUGUCCGCACAGCACAGCAGCCUGUCGUUUUGGUGCUGAUGCCUCGUGCAUCCAUACCUGCUGCAGCACAUGUAGAUCUUAUAUGUCUUGGGCUUACAUGAAAAAAAGGGGGAUUGCUGUUAUGGUACAAGGUGUGUCUGAUCCAAAACCUUACAUACAUCUAUUUAGUUACUCAUUUCCAAUUGAUGUGGAACGUGGCAUUGUCCCCACACUAGUCAUGUUAUGCCUUUUUCAUGUUGGCUUUGCGUAGAGAAAUAUCAUAUUUGUGUCUUGCUCUGGUAUCGUUUUGUCACCAACUUAUAUCUCAGAAACAAUCAUUGUUAGAUGUAAAUGAUUUAAGAGACAGGACAAUAAGCUUUCCAUUUGUCUUUA